ACGCACAAAGCGAGGUAACGACAUUUGUAGUGGCCUAUCCAGCAAAUUCGAGGCGAGUGAAAAGUUGUGAACGGCAAACACCGUUUGAGGAUACGUGACAAUCCUUCCCAGAUUAAGAUUGAUGUAAAUAUGAGUGGGGACAUAGAUGUCAAUGAAACAUUAAGAGAGCAAUGCUCAGUUGGAGGGGACGAAGAAGUAUUGAGGCAGCUUCGUGAUGGCGCAGCUGUCAACUCACAGAAUCGGGUGAAUGGAUGGACUGCCUUGCAUUUUGCUGUCCGAAGGGAACAUGCUAGUAUCGUCCGCCUUUUGCUUGAGCAUGGUGCCGAUGCUUCAGCUAAGAAUUUUAAAGGCGAGAAAGCUAUAGAUAUGACUUCAAACAAAGAGAUACGUAAGAUAAUCACAGAUUUCCACAGCAAAAACAAUAAUUGUCAGCGAGAGGACCAGGCCAGCGAGCCCAAGUCAUCUUCAGUUGGUGUAAACGAACCUUCUGUCAAUAUAGUUCCAGGAUAUCUUACAAACCCCGUUUUCCCUUAUACCAUAGCUACACCCACAUCGCUAAAAGGAGAGCCUGACAACCAGGCAGGAUCAGACCAUAACGACAAACAUGUUUUGGUGCCAGGUUAUUUAGCUAACCCUGUUAUUCCUUAUGCUGUUGCUGCCAGUGGGCAGAUCAUGGCCAGUGGACCGAUACCAACAACAGAAGUGUUGCAAGGAGAUGGUGGUAUGAAUUUUGUACCUGGUUACAUUGCAAAUCCAGUCAUACCUGGUUACAUUGCAAAUCCAGUCAUACCUGGUGCAGUUGCUGCCAGCCACCCAAAUGAAAACACAAAUGAAAUCAAGCAGAUAUUUGUUCCCCAUGUUGAGCAGUUUGGUUCUUUAGUAAAUUCUUAUGUAAACAGUGUAAAAAGUCUUGAAAAAUCAUCGGAGUAUCAUUUAUGUGAUUCCUGUAAAACAACACCAGUAGCAACUGUUUUUGUUGGAACAGACAUUAGUGAACUUGUUAUCAAGAUUCGUAAUGCUAAUCAUAAAGAUCCGGAUUUUAUUGAAGUAGAACUCAAUCGAAAGAUCCUUACUUAUGAUGAGCUGCUUAAUGUUUGCACAAAGGAAUUGAAAAUAGACAGGGAUUCAAUAGCAAAAAUAAGAAAACUCCCUGAUACAAUUGUACGCAGAGACAAGGAUGUGCAGAGACUUCAACCAUACCAAGAACUUGAAGUAGUUUUACUUUCAUAAACAGUAGAAAACAAAAUAAAAAGUAUAUACAGUAACUUUUAUAUACAAAUCAGGAUAAGCUGUGAAAGUUUUGCUGUUAUGACCAUGAUAUCAACACUUUUAUUGUUAAUACACCACCCACAUAGACUACGAGUAUCUUUUAUUUUACAACAUAUCAGAUUAUAAGUCUAUUGUUUUUACCUUUAUAUGUAAAAAUGUUAUCUUGGCUGCAGUUUAGUUUUCUGUUUAAGUGCUCAAUGCAGAAACUUGGAGCACACAACCUGUAAUAUAUACCAAAAAUAUGGGAGAGGUUGUAAAAAAGGCUUUACAUUCUAUCUUUCUGUUGGCAAGAAUGCCAUUGUUCAGCAAGAAUUUAGGUUAUCAAUUAAGUUAAGACCAUUGGUAUAGAUGGAGGUAUCUUUAGCUCUAAGGAAAAACUGACUCCUAUAAACGGGCUGCAAGAAGGUCCCAUCCAAGGGUGUAGGGCAUGUCAAACACGUUAGCAAAAAUGACAGUUUUUUUGUCAACUAGGGAAAACUGAAUUAUACACUUUAAAUAAAGAACUCUCAAAAUUUUUGAAAAUAUUUUGAAAACAUUCAUCAAAAUAUUUUUAAAAGUAACUCAGGCUAUUGGUUGGGGCAACUUAGUUAUCGAUGGUGCCCUAUACCAUGUUACACCACUGAUUAAGACCCUUUUUAAUCACAGUCUACUUAUUUGGAUGAUGCUCUUUAAUGAUAAGACCACAUCCAUUAUGAAAUCAAGCCAAUCUAAGUUGAAUAGUACAUGAAAAUUUGAGAGCCAUCUAGAAAGAAUAUAUAACCAAAGAUCAGCAACAGAAGUAAUUGCUCACCGCAACAAAAUGAUGGAGUAUACCAAUUGAUGUUAUAAUGACUAAUUGUGUCCCAAGUUGAGAAUUUCAUUCUGUGUGACAUCCUUUAAUAAGUCACUUUUACCAAAAUAAGCCACCAACAUGUUGGUGCCAAGUACAUUUAUGUUGCAUAUAAAUGUUUAAUUUAUGCUUCUUGAUAUUAUUUGUUACAAUUCUAUCACAUGCCUGGAAUUCUGGCAACAUAUAAUAUCUUUUUAACUUUGCUUAAUAUUAGAAAUUACAGUAAAAAAUUCAGAAUUUGAUGAACGCAAAUAUAAAUUU